CAUCACAGCACAUCGCUCACUUUUGCGUCAACUGGAAAGCCGUACCGUACAAAGGCGAGCGGCACAUUUCACUUCACUUCAUUUCAUUUCACUUUAUUUUAUUUUUUUCAUUUUUUUAAAAGCCACUCCUGCGAUAAGGCAAACGCAUUUUACGUAAGCGCGUACCCCACAACUCAUGCGCAACGGCGAAAACGCGGGGGAGGAUUUCUCACCAAAAUUGAUCGCCCAGCUUAGGGAAAGAACAAUCAGCGGAUGAUACCCCAGCACAAGUUGCAAACGUGUAGAUAUACACCUGCACAUGAGUGUACCUUUUUUAGGAGUACCUCUGAGCACUCCACCCCUUUGUCGUAAGCCUACCCACAAAAGCAGACUUAACGAAGCGGCAAAAAAGAAGUAGCACCGAGGUGGCAAAAAAGAAGCAGCGCCGAGGCGAGGAACAAAAUGGGGUUCCACAUCCAGGGCUACGUCGCCAUGAUGGGCAGGGGCAUAAACCCCAAAACCUGGAAGAAAAUGUGGGCCAACUACAAGAACAAGCAAAUCAUAGACGUGUAUAAUGGAGCCGCGCAUUUCACAAAUAACCAAAUAGCGCAGGUCGUCAGGGUGUACCAGUACAGAUACUGGUGGUGGGCCAACCCCUUCGGCAUGGGACUUAUUUUCUACCUAGGGUACAAGGCAUGGUAUAUGGUGUAUAUGAACCAUAAGCAGAGGAAGGUGGCGCAGGUGGUUGCGUCCGCGUAUGGCCAGGGUGGACAGUGGCUCAACCCCGUCCCGAAAUGAGCCUACGGGGAUUUCCUCCCCAUAUGACGAUGAUGCAGGUCCUCUCAGGGCGGCC